AUUACUCAACCUGUAUUCACGUAUCAUUUGUCAUUGACUUUUGAUCAUUUUUUUGAUCGAUCUUGAGUGGGAGCCGGGGUCAGGAGAAACGACCAAAGUCGAGGCUUGAAACAGAAGGCUCAACGAGGAGAAUAAAAUGGAAAACGAUACAUCGAUAAGAUGGACAAAUUUUAGCGAUUAUCCAAGAUCAGGAAACUCCUCUGAUCCCGUCUUAUCUUAUGAUGACAUCAUGCUUGGUCUAUACGCAUUUUACGUCAUCAUCAUGGUGACGUCCACCGUUGCCAACUCACUUCUUACUCACAYGGUCUUCAGCCAAAGCAAUAUGAAGAAAAAUUCAAACAACUGCUUGUUUGCUAACAUGGCGAUAGCUGACCUCGUCGCUACUCUUUUCUCCAUGCCCAUUUGGUCAUAUUUUAUCUGCGUCGCCCAAAACUGGCUGCAAGGAUUAACGGGAACAGUUCUCUGUGAGAUAGCUGCUAGCGCUUCUGUCUUGUCUGUCCUUGCUUCUACGAUGACGCUCAUGGCUAUAUCUAUCGACCGAUUCAUAGCAGUAUUCUUCCCCAUCAGAAGGAUCAUCGUCACACGUAACGUCAAACGCAUCAUCAUCAGUAUAUGGAUGGUGUCAGCGAUCAUAGGCAUCCCUUGUAUUUAUAUGUAUAAUACCCGCAAAGAACAUGGCAGAAUGAAGUGUUUAAACAGACUGGAUGAGACUAGCCAAUCUCUACGAAGGAUGUAUUACGUGGUUGUUUUCGUAUUCAUUUUUGGCUUGCCAGUUGUCCUCAUGACGAUCAGUUACAUCAUGAUUAGCUUACGUCUUUGGUUCCGUCAUGUACCAGGUCAGCCAUCGAAUGCCGGACGGCGCGCAGUGUUCCGAAGUAAGCGUAAAACUGUUCGUCUCUUGAUAAUUCUUUUGCUUGCUUUUGUUGCAUGUUGGUUGCCAGUCCAUAUCGAGUGGUUGAAGGCGGUGUUCACGUCCAGUGACCGAAAAGAUGGUAUAGCUAUCAUGCUUGCACAUGCAAAUAGUGCAAUCAACCCAUGUCUUGUGUUUGCUCUCAACGACCGUUUUAGAGAAGCGUUGCUGAAGUACUUCAAAUGUUGUCCUACCGCUGAUCAUGUUUCCAUAGCUAGUAGGGAAACCAGUAAUCGUUGCGGGAAUAAGUCAACCAUGAUGUCAUGCGUAGUGGGUCACGCAAUCAACUGUCACACUGGGUUGUACAGAGUAAGGGAGAUCCCCAAAGCAUUUUCACCAGUCACACUCAUUGGUAUGGCGGCAAAUUUGGACAAUGGGAAAAAUAGUAUAUUGGAGGUCUACAAUAGUAAGAAUAGCCCAAACGAUAUCGUUGAACAUCAUUUUAGUGAACAUAAUCACGCUUUAUCCGAAAAGAUUGAUCCAUAGCUUCAUAUUCAAAGGCAAUGGCAGCAAUAACGGGUUUGGUGCGUUGUCGCAUAACUGGGAUACAUAUGGCACUGACUUACAGCACAUACACGGUACAAACAUGCUCUAACAUUAAAAUAGCUUCCCGACAAACUAGAGGGGAAAUGACAUACGAAGAAAGAUGUAAAAUAUUGAAGUGGCCUACUCUCUCGAC